AUGUACACAGACAGAACGAAAGAAUUAUUUGCAGAUUUAAUUGAACGCCCACCUCUUAGCGAUCAGUUACUGCAACGACCGCCAUUUCGUUUCUUGCAUGAUAUUGUUAAAGUCACAAUUCAAAAUACAGGAUUUUUAAUGGAUAACUUUACAAAUGAGGAAAUGGAUGCAUCAAAUAUAACUGAUAAAACAGCAAAAGCGAAUUUCUUGAAGACAUUGAUUAAAGCAUUGAACGAUGAUGGAUCAUUGAAGAAUGUCAAAGCUGCCAAAAUAAUAGCUGGAAAGGAACCCGAAAUGACGAAUUUGAUGCUGCAAAAAUUAGCGAUUAAUGCAACAGCAUUUCGUGAUUCGAAAUUAAAACAUAAUGCGAAUGAAGAAAGACAAAAGAAAAAAACGCGUAAAAAGGGACGCAACAAUAAAGGAUUGGAAAGACAAAAUAGUGAUAAUGAAAGCAGGAAGGCUGAAAAGGAGAAGCGACAUUCAAGCAGAAGUAAGGAAAAGAGGAAGGAAGAAACUGAAAGUAAACCAAAGGUAAUUAAAGAAAUAGUUCACAGUAAUGAACAAGGAGAUUCCAUUGAUGAAAGACAUUUUGAAGAUAUUGCACCGGAAACAUCUUCAGUGAAGAUGGAACCAGUGGUUAACACUGAUCAGGAAUCACUGGUAAAUGCGAAGGCAGAAGAUAUAAGAAAUGAAAAUAAACAACCUUCGGCAUCACCAGUAUUAGAGGAACAGCUACGACAAUCAGCAUCAUCAGGACGACCACGUACAUCAGCCAGUAGAUUGGGCACUGCUGCAGCUCGACCAGCUCCUCCCAAGAUUAAGAAGAAACGAGUGGAAGAAAUUGAUCGAAAACCAGAAACCAAUGUGCAAACAAGCGGAGUAAUUAUUGGUGAACGAAUGGAAAGUGAUGAGUAUUUUGUUGUAGAAAUUGAACCAUCAUACGAUCAAACUGAUCAGAUUAAUGAUGAUGAGCUAAUCAGCGAAGAACAUGGCGGCUUAGUACGGAAAAUUCUUGAGACUAAAAAAGAACUAGAAGAUAAAAUAAGCAAAGAAGCUUACAGCGCUCCCAUUAGUGUAUUUGAUGAAAAGAAUCAAGCAAGGUCACAACAGGAGCUAGCUAAUCUACAAAAGACUAUACAGCAGAUAACACAAACAACGCAUCUACUUGCUCGUUUCCUUGAUAACGUACAGGAAGACGCUGAGAUUAUGUUAAAAGAAAUGGAAGAAUGGUGUUUAGAAAGUACUAAAAAUAUACGUGAAUUGCGAGAACGAAAAGCGAAUGCAGAAGGAUCAUCGGAGAUUUUACUGCUGAAGUUAAAUCAGUUAGAUGAGCAGAUCAAAGAAGUAAAAAGCGCCAUUGUUCAAACUAAAGCUAACGUGAUAGCAAAUGAAGAGAAAAUUCGAAUUAUUGUUAAUAAUAUUUAA